AUGUUCUGGUCAGAAACACUCUUGGCUAGAAAUGGCCCACUGGCAAGAGUGUGGCUCGCUUCGAAUUUGGAGAAGAAGCUCAGCAAGCAGAACAUCCUCACCGAGAAGAUCGACAUCAAAGUGCGCGACAUCAUCAACUCGCAAGAUGCGCCCAAGUCGCUACGUCUGAGUGCGCAGCUACUCCUCGGCGUCGCGCGCAUCUACUCCCGCAAGGCCAAGUACCUGAUGGACGACUGCGCGGAAGCGCUGCUCAAGAUCAAGAUGGCCUUUCGGCCGGGGAAUGUGGAUCUGCCGAGCAAUGAGAGCCACAAGGCGAAUGCGGCCGCGUUGAUCCUACCGGAUACCAUUACCGAUUUGGAUUUGUUCGCGCCGCUGCCCGAUCCCGACGAACUACUGCGCGAGCCGGAGUCGAGAGGGCCGGGGAGAGAUCCUACACUGCUGGACUUCGGCGCGAGUCAGCUCCUCCCGGACAGCCAGACACCGACGCGUCGGAAAGAGAAGAGCAUGCUACUCGACGAUGACGAUCUGGGACUGGAUCUCGGUCUCGAACCCGGCGAGGAACUCGUCCGAUCCACACCCGCCGAAACAGAGCGCAGCAUCGAAAUCGGUCGCCGCGCAGCAACACCCCGUCGCGACGACCCCAGCAUGCUUAUGGACGACGACGACCUCGGGCUAGAUUUAGGCCUGGAUAUCGGAGACAGCACCCUCCACGCCCCACCUCUCGACCUCGACGACGACGUGCCAAUGCUAGGGAUGGACGACGACAACCGCCCCUCCAACGACGCCGACAUCGCCGCCGCGAACGCCGCAGCUCUCGCCCGUGUCGACGCCGCCACGGACAGACGACAGAGAGAUAGCGCCUCCCCCCUCUCCACCAUCGCCAGCGACGUCGAGCGAGAUCUGGAAAAGACAUUCCAACUCGAUCGCAGCUUGGCCGCCGAGCAAGAAGAAGAGCCGGAAGAAGAGAUGGUCCGCGCGGCCCACCGCGUCAAACGCCGCCGCAUCAUCCCCGCCGACGCCGAGACGGAACUCCACAACUCGCAAAUCAAGCGGCAGCAAGAAGACCGCUCCGCCAUCACCCGACCCCCUUCCUUCCUACCCCGCGAUCCACUCCUCCUCCAAUUAAUGGAGAUGCAGCGGAAUGGCGAGUUCGUGAGUCAUAUCAUGGGUGAUGGUAGGAUGCGGGGGUGGGCGCCGGAGUUGAGGGGGAUCCUGUCGAUCGAGGUGAUACGGAAGUCGGGGGAGAGGAAGAGGAAGAGGGACAGUGGGGUUGCGGAUGUGGAUGUGGAGGUGGAGACGGGAUCUGAAGGGCAAGCGACACCACGGCUUGAGUUGCCGCAGCAGGAAGAAGACGAGGGAUUCCAUGCCAUGGACGGCGGGACGGGAGACUAUGGCGGCGUGGACACGACACUACUUCACUCUGACGGCGCAGCACCCCCACAACUCAUGUCGGACGGCCUCCAACCCGCUCCCUCAGACGCAGACGCCGCCGCCCCCGCCGCCACCGAUGACGACGCCACCAACGCCCCCGCCUUCGAAACAACCGAAGCCCCGCUCCUCCACCCCUCCCACUCCGGCCCCAUCUCCCUCGCCACCAAAUCCGCCGUCUCCCUCCUGCGCUCCCACUUGGCGCCCGAUCACCCGCCGGACGCGGGCGUGCCGCCCACCCCGUCCAAACGGGUCAAGGCGGAAGCGCUGUUCACGGAUCUGUGCCCGGUCGCGACGACGAGGAAGGAUGAUGCGACGAAAUUGUUCUUCGAGCUGUUGGUUUUGGGGACGCGGGAUGCGGUCAAGGUUGAGCAGGAGGUGGGCGGGGGGAUUGGGAUGCCCAUUCGGGUUCGGGGGAAGAGGGGGCUUUGGGAGGGGAAUUGGGCGGCGGCGGAGAGGGAGGGGGUGCAGGUUGAGGGGGAGGGAGUCGAGGCUGCGUAG